UGUCUAGUACCAGUAUUCGUGCAAUCGUGUUUCGUGGCACGUUUGGUUCGAUUAUUAACGUCUUUAUUCGAAGUGGAUUUGAACUCAAGCGCGAUGGAGAAAGAAGCUUUGUGUAUUUGUAUCACUGGUGCUGCUGGACAGAUUGCUUAUUCCCUUCUUUAUUCCAUUUGCAAAGGAGAUGUGUUUGGAACGCAGCAGCCACUGAUUGUGCACUUAUUGGAUAUUGUUCCUAUGAUGCCUGUCUUGGAAGGUGUAGUGAUGGAAUUACAGGACUGUGCCUUUCCAUUGUUGCAAAACAUAAUUGCGACAUCCGAGCCAAGUGUGGCAUUUGCCAACAUUGAUGUGGCCAUUCUCGUUGGAGCCAUGCCGCGAAAACAAGGAAUGGAGAGAAAAGAUCUUCUGAAAGCCAAUGCUAAGAUCUUUGUUGCACAGGGAAAGGCUCUGAAUGAUUACGCCAAGAAAACUGUCAAGGUUUUGGUUGUUGGAAACCCAGCAAACACAAACUGCAUGAUGGCCAAGAUGAAUGCUCCGUCCAUUCCUUCUGAAAAUUUUACAUGCUUGACGCGACUGGAUAUGAACAGAGCGAGGGCACAGAUUGCAAUGAGAGUGGGCACUCAAGUUGAAGAUGUAAAAAACAUCAUUAUCUGGGGAAAUCACUCAUCCACUCAGUACCCAGAUGUCAAUCAUGGGACUGUUAAUAUGCCACAAGGAUGCAUAUCAAUCAGGGAGGCCGUCAGUGAUGACAGUUUUUUGAAUGGGGAAUUUAUUACAACAGUGCAAAAGCGUGGUGCUGCUAUCAUUGCUGCUCGUAAGUUAUCCAGCGCCAUGUCAGCUGCCAAGGCAAUAUGUGAUCACAUGAGAAACUGGUGGUUUGGAACAGCUGAGGGGGAGUUUGUUUCCAUGGGCGUGGUGUCAGAUGGUUCUUAUGGAAUUCCAAAAGAUAUUGUGUACUCAUUCCCAGUGAGAAUUUCCCCAGACCAUAAAUAUGAAAUAGUGAAGGGUCUGGCCAUUAGUGACUUCUCACGUGAAAAAAUGGAUGCCACCGCUGAAGAGCUUUUGCAGGAGAAAGAGAGCUGUCAGUCGUUUCUUGAAUGACUAGCAGCACCAUCUCAGUUAUGACUUCUAUAUAACUUAAAGUACUGUAAUCACUGAAAUGAGUACCCUCCCUUAAGAUUUCUUGCUUCUUCCCCGAAACUAAAAUACUUGCAUUGUUAUUCAUCUGGGCUAACUAAUUUUGUGGUAUUAAAAGUAAAUUGUACCUUAACGCAAUUGUUAGUGUCUGUUAAAUAAUGUAAGUUUUCCAACCUGAAGAAAUGUUUACUUUCAAUGGUGUUUAUCAUAGCUUGCCAACAGUUAGAAGAAAAGGAAUGAUUUUUAUUUUAGUUCCCAUCAAUAAUCUUCAGUGAGUUCCGUUGUCUAAUAUUUUCUCUUCUCUAUAAGCUUCUUGCCUCUCUUGUUUGAGCAUUUAUGUUUACUUGUGUAAUGUUUUCCAGUUUGGGCUGAAUUCAGUCAAGUGCUGUGUGGCAUUUUGCCAAAGAUACAACUUGCAUGGGUGGUGUGUGAUAUUGUUGAGUUUUGCUGACACUUAAUAAAGUCAAAACUUCAACUUC